CUGCACCGUAUGCACGAGGUGGCCCAAGUGGCCAGGUGAUCCAGGUGGAUGCGCUGUCCUCUGGGCUGAUUCCAGCUCGCAGCUUGCCAUAUCACGACGAGAUCCAGGGCACCAGGGUUUGUUUAUAAAAACUUGCCCGGCUAGCCCUCGCCGGUAUCAGCCGGUGCACACCGUACUCUUGUGCAUUUCUAUACAUCCUCAUUCCGCACACAAUCUCCUCUCUUCUCAUCCAUCCCUCCAUCACCCCCCGCCCCAGCCACGACCCCUCUCGCGACGCGUGACUACCCCCGCUGCGACCCCUUUGCGCUGCUGUGUUGCCCCGAUUUGGGUGUAUCCGGGGCCACGCCUUAACGAGAGCAUCACCUCACUCUACCGCUUUUUUCACCACCCACCAAAAAGGCUAUAUCCUGAGCCGGUAUCGAUUAACCUUGACUUGAUAAAAACCAGACACGGCCGUCACACCUCCGUCCUCGGAUUCCCACCGCAUCAUAGUCCUGGCCGUUUGGUCCGCCACUCUUGCAAUUACCCUCCUACCACCACCACCCCCCUGUGAUUCCAGCGAUCAUGGCCACCGCGACCAUGGACGACCUCGUCGCCAGCCUUUCUGGCAACAUGCAUGUCUCCCAAGAAGGCUAUGACCUCAAAGCUCUCCAAGAAUACCUCUCCCAAAACCUCCCUCUCCCCAUGGCACCUCCCAGCGGCGGCCUGGGCUACCCCCAAACAACAUCCCGCUCCACCUCCCUCACCCGCAAACCUAGUUCAUUACCUUCAUACACCUACCCCUCCCCCACACCGAACGCUUUGCCUCUGCCUUCUCCUUAUGCUCAGCCCCAAGCCCAAUGUCAGUGGCAGCUCCAAGCGCAAGGCCAAGCGCAAGAGCAGCAAGCAGGCACCUCAGCCUCAGCAUCCUACGACCCCCCCUCCCAAAUCUCCAACCUGCCCCCAGCCCAACGCCCCGCCCCUCCCCGCCGCGCAAGCUCCUUCGGUACCCUCCCACACAGCUACAUCCCCGCCUGCAGCAGCGGCCAACAGCCCAGCAGUCCUUCGACGAGUUAUGCGGCGUUUGAGAGUGAUGCUUUUGCGCCUAUUUGGAAAGCGGAGGAAUCGGCGGGGGUGGAAGAUCCGUGGGCCAAGAUUCGGGCGGGGCAGGGUCAGUUGGGGGCGUUUGGGUAUGCUCAUGCGCAAGGGGGGCAGAAGCCCACUGCCGCUCAGGACAAUCAAGCAGCAGGAGGAGGGGGGUGGCAAUGGGGUCUUCAAAUUGGUGUAUUGGACCAGCCGACCCCGCUUUCUCUCGGCCAGGAAGAUAGAACAGGAGGGGAAGAUAUGGAUAUGGAUGAAGAUUCCAUGAUGGACGCGUCGGAUGAUGAGGAUGAUGAAGAAGUGGAGGGGAUGAUGGAUGAGAGAGAUCCUUGGGGAGCCGGGCGGGGGAGGCCGGUUUGGUAG